GGUGAGUUUAGACAUGAGCUUCUCACAUACGCCCAUUAUCUGCAGUAUUUCCUUUUCUGAACUUCACAUCACAAAAGUUAAAUGACUCAACUCAGCAGCACAGCCACUCUAUGUGCAGCUUAAUGGAAAAUGUGGCUUGUCAAGGUCUUCAGUGUUAUAUAUCUCACAGCUGUUUGUGCAGCUCAGAGAGCUCCUCAUGUUGACCCAGCUAAACCACACCUGAAGCUGCUGACCUCUUGGAUGGACGUGUUUCAAAAUGAGACAGUGCAGUUUAUCUGUGAAGUCAAUGGCCCUAACUGGACGUGGUACCAUAAUCAAAACAAGCUGGAUCAGUCAAACAUGAAUUAUGAGUUUGUGGAAGACGAACCGUCUCUCAACAUCACAGAGAUCACCCUGAAUGAACAAGGAGCCUAUGCCUGCAAAGCUGGGCUUGGAGGAGUCAGCUCUGACUUUAGCAACACAGUUAAUAUCAUUGUUUAUGAAAACAUACCAACACCAAAAGUGACCCAGGAUCCUAGUUUUAACCUGAUGUACACUGGAGAAACAGUGAAAUUCACUUGCAAUGUUGACAUCGCCUCGGGAUGGAGCUAUCAGUGGUACAAAGAUGGAAAAGAGCUUUCUGAAACCAGCGAAACCAUCAGCAUCUCACUUCAACCAUCUGAUAAGAGCAAAUACUCCUGCAUGGCCAUCAGGGGCCAAACAACAACAGACUACAGUGAGGAAAUAUCACAAAAUGUUCUCGAAAUUCCUGUUCCAUCUUUGACUCGAAAGACACAGUGGUUGGAUGUGUUCCCUGAUGAGAGUGUGCAGUUGAGCUGUGGGAUGAGCGACAGCUCUGACUGGAUUUAUACAUGGCACAAAGAUGGACAGGAGGUCCAGGCUAAUACUCACGUGUCUUUUGACUCGAAUGGAGCUACUCUUUUCAUCAAGUCUGCUUCAGCUGCACAUGCAGGACAAUACACCUGCUCAGCAAACAUCAAGGGCAGGUCCGUCAACAGUAUCAUCAGUUCUGGACUUAAACUCAUUGUUUAUGAUACAAAACCCAGAGUCACACUGAUGCAGAACCCCAGUGACAAUGUGCUGCACACUGGAGAUUCAGUCACCUUUAGCUGUCACAUUAAUGUGUCUACUGGAUGGGAGUACCUGUGGUACAAAGACGGCGUAAAACUUGACGAAUCUGGAAACAAUCAUACCAUCUCUUCUGUUCUGACAAAAGACACUGGAAAAUAUAAAUGCCAAACCAAAAGAGGAAGGAACACUCUCACUCUUAACUCAGAAGUGACUGAAGCUGUAAAUCUCAACAUAAAAGAGCGCCCGCAGGCUGAUGUAAGCCUUUUAACAGGCUGGUCAGAGGUCUUCUCCACUGACAACUUGGUGCUUAAAUGUGUGGUGAAGGAAAGCGAGGAAGCGUGGAACUACACAUGGUUCAAAGAGGACCAACCAAUUGAUGAGCCGCCCACUGAGAAAUACACAGUCACACCCCAGAAUAACCCUGAGCAGAGCCUGUAUGCCUGUCAGGGCAUUCGCAACAAGAGACCAUUUACUUCAAAACCCAGUGAUAAUUACAAGACCAAGAACCUUCUUUUGAAGAGGAGGUUGCUUCUUUCCAUCUUAGGCUGUAUCUUCUUUGGCAUCAUCGCUGUCUUCAUUGGAUGCAUUGUCCUCAGAGUCACCCGCAAACCAGCUAAAGAUGAAUAUAGGCCAGAAGAGACAGAGCUGUUUUUCAGCAUGUCCCCGCGAAAAGAUGGUGAUGAUACUCCCUGUCCACUUGUUGAGUACAUCACUGAUGCAGCACUAAAUGCCCCACCUAAAGAAGAGGAAGAGAAUGGCAAGAUUUGCAGUGACGCAACACCAUUACCAAUAACCCAGCAGGAGGACGAAGCUGUGAAGACUGAGAGCAGUGAUGCAACAGAAAACAAUGGUGGGCUGGUUUCCUUCAAACAAUGAGUCAUGCAAGAUUGGCCUCAGCAUGGCAUCAGGAGAAAUGCCAGCCUGUGUACAGUGGCCAUCAUAAGACAACUAAGACUCAUUUUGUCUGCCUGUGCUGUCCACGGUUAAACUUUCAGUCUCAUCUGUGCUUUGACCUGAAAAAUGCUAACGUUCUGUGGUUCACUACGAACCAUCAUCAAAUAAGUGACUUGAUUUGAGAUAUUACAUUACACCUUUUAAUUCAUAUCGCUGUAGUGAUUAUUUGACUCUUAAAGGCAUUGUUAAAAUAUGAAACAUUAUUUAUGUGAUAAACAUCAGCCAUAAGUAUAUAUAUAUAUAUAUUGUUGUACUGUAAAUGUAUUUUGUUAGCUUUCAAUAUUGUAUGCACUGUACAUAUUUCAUGAUCUGCAGGACAAUCUUUCAAUUCUUAAAACAAACACCAGAGGUCAGUAGAUACAGGUUAGUCUUCAUAGAGGCUUAGUGACCAGAGGGAUAUUGUAUAUUUAUCUACUGUGCAGGUACAGAGAUGCCUUUCUAGAAUUUUGUGUUAUCCCUAACCGUAUCAAAUUGUGAAAAUAAAAAAUACAAAAUGUU